UGAACUUUGAAACAGAACAUUAGGCUACAAACAUUACAAUAACAUCUAUACAGUGACAUAUGAAAUAGAAUUGUUUAGAUAGAAUAGAACAGUUUGGAGUCAUGGUGAUGAGAUUCAGGGUUAAUUUUAGUGUGAUAGUGCUGUGCACGUUAGUUUCUCCAUCAUGUGAAUGAAAACGGAUCCUUAACAACUCUUCUUAUUGUGGAGUUGUGACGAGUGCUCUAUGGAGUUCCCAAAGCUGCCCCCUCACUCGGGCCCUGUGCUCUCAGUAGUGGACAUGCACACAGGCGGAGAGCCGCUGCGCAUUAUCCUGAGCGGCUAUCCAGAGGUGAAGGGCGACACCGUCCUUGCCAAACGACGCUACGUGAGAGAGCAUCUCGAUCACCUCCGCAAAGUGUUGAUGUUGGAGCCGCGCGGCCACUACGAUAUGUACGGAGCCCUGCUGGUCCGAAGUGAGUUAGCAGAGGCUGAUCUCGGCGUCUUGUUUAUGCACAACGAAGGGUACAGCACCAUGUGCGGCCACGCUGUCAUUGCUCUCGGGCGCUUUGCGGUGGAUUACGGCUUGAUUAAAGCGCCCGCUUCACCGGAGACGCAGAUAAACAUACACUGCCCUUGUGGCUUAGUGAAGGCCUUCACACAGUAUUCCAACGGGAGAACCGGAGCUGUCAGAUUCCACAGUGUGCCAGCCUUCGCUUUCGCUACAGAUGUGAGUGUCUCGGUACCGGGAUAUGGGUCCAUUAAUGUAGACAUCAGUUAUGGCGGAGCUCUUUAUGCUUUUGUGAGUGCUGAGAAAUUUGGAUUAGAUGUGAAGAAGUCCAAAACCAGAGAUCUGGUGGAUGCAGCCACUGCUGUGAGCGAUGCUGUCAAAUCCCAGGUAAAGCUGUACCAUCCAGUCAGCGAGGAUCUGGCCUUCCUCUACGGCACAAUCCUUACUGACGGCAAAGAUGCUUUUUCUGAAGAGCCCACAGCCAAUGUGUGUGUGUUUGCUGAUGCACAGGUGGACCGAAGCCCUACGGGGUCAGGCGUCACUGCUCGUAUUGCUCUUCAGUACCAUAAAGGCCUGAUCGAACUCAACCAGACCAGACGUUUUGAGAGCGGAGCUACAGGAUCAGUGUUUACAGGAAAAGCAAUAGAGGAGACCACGUGUGGGGACUUCAGGGCUGUGGUAGUGGAGGUCGAAGGUCAUGCUCACUACAGCGGCGUGGCCAGCUUCACCCAAGAGACCAAUGAUCCUCUGAGAGGAGGCUUUCUCCUGCGCUGACCUAACGCUUACAACUGAUAUUUCUGCUUCUGCUUGCAGACCUGAGCCUCCAUUCGUGCCCUGCGCUCCUCCUCUUCUUUGCGUCGGCGCAUGUUCUCGUUCUCUUGACGGGCCUCGGAGAAGGACUGCAAGAACUGGUCGAAUAUCCCAAAGAACUCAUCAGGCUGCAUCUUAU